AAUAAUUGAAACGAUGGUCACGAGGAGGACGUGUGAAAAACCAGUUGCAAGGCCAUCAAUGGUGGCCAGCCAUUGUCGGCGUUUUUUCACGUCCCUUUCCAUUCAUUAUGACUAUUGAAAUCAUUCCAUAAGGCCCUGAAUUACCCUUCACCUCUACCGAAACUGACUCUCCAUUACCCAAUCCCUGCUUUCCAGCCUUUCUUCGCAGCUUUCAAUGGCCGAUCUCAAGCCCCAGAUCGAAAUCUCAUUCGCUGAGAUGUUCCUAUGCAGCGCUUUCGCGGCUUGUUUCGCUGAGUUCUGUACUCUUCCUUUGGAUACUGCUAAAGUCAGGCUUCAGCUUCAAAAGAAAGCAGCGGGGGUAGAUGGAGUGGGUGUACCCAAAUAUACAGGCUUGUUGGGUACUAUGACUACUAUUGCUAGGGAAGAGGGCUUAUCAGCACUCUGGAAAGGUCUUAUUCCAGGAUUACAACGCCAGUGUCUUUAUGGAGGCUUAAGGAUUGGCUUAUAUGGUCCUGUAAAAACAUAUCUAGUUGGCAGUGAAUUUAUUGGAGAUAUUCCUGUAUACCACAAAAUACUUGCUGCUCUUUUAACGGGUGCUAUAGCAAUUGCAGUGGCUAAUCCAACUGAUCUUGUCAAAGUUCGACUUCAAGCUGAAGGGAAAUUACCAGCCGGGGUUCCUAGGCGUUACUCUGGAGCUUUGGAUGCAUAUUUCACCAUAGUGAGACAGGAAGGAUUAGGGGCCCUGUGGACUGGCCUUGGCCCUAAUGUAGCACGAAAUGCUAUAAUAAAUGCCGCUGAACUAGCUAGUUAUGACCAAUUUAAACAGAUGAUUUUGAGAAUUCCAGGGUUCAUGGACAAUGUUUUAACUCAUGUGCUGGCUGGUCUAGGUGCAGGUUUCUUUGCUGUCUGUAUCGGUUCUCCCGUUGAUGUUGUGAAAUCCAGAAUGAUGGGAGAUUCAACAUACAAAAGCACGUUUGACUGUUUCAUCAAAACUUUGAAGAGUGAGGGAUUUUUUGCCUUCUAUAAAGGGUUCUUCCUUAACUUUGGUCGGCUGGGAGCUUGGAACGUGAUUAUGUUCCUAACUCUUGAGCAAGCCAAGAUAUUUUUCGGAGGGGCAGCAUAAAUCUAUGGCUUUCCUGGUUGAGAUUUAGCAAGCGAAAAGGCACAGCUAUUGCUUGGAAAUUGGAAUUUUAUUUUUUCCUGAGAGACGAGAUUUGUCUGUCUCUCUGCAUUUUUUGCUUCCCACUCAGUUAUAUACGAAGUCUUCUUGUAACAGUGAAACAGAUUGGCAAGCUAUAUUUGCGUGAAAGGGUAUUCAUUAUCAUUAGAUUCAUUACUACAACAGACCUUUUGUUGUUAGUACAAAAGCUGCUUUCUUCACCAUGUCCCCAUCAAACAACAUAUUAGUAUAUGAUUACGUUUUGAACUGAUUGAAAUCAACC